AUGGAUUCUAAAAAUGAUUAGAAAAACAAGUUUAGUAAAACAAAUGGAUAAUAUUAAAGAACAAACAAUCCUUAAUUCAACUCUAAUAGAGAAGAUUCAUAUAAAAAUAAUUUGUAAUAAUAAUAAUAACAAUAACAAUAAUCCUAUUAAUAAACGUAACCAUUAUCAAAAGUGAUGUCACUGAAUGAACUUGAGAAAAUAAAAAAAGUAUAAGAUUGUAUAUGAUUCUAGGAAAAUGAACUACUUAAAUCUGAAUUAUUUAUUACUAAAGAAUAACUUAAAAAUGUUACAGAAGAUUAUUAAAAACUAUAAUAGAGAUAUACCUAAUUAUAAAAUUAAGUUAGGUAGCCAUCUGAAGAUAUGUUAAUUCUUGAAAUGUAGAGACAAAUGAGACAUUAAUAAUAUUAUGAAUUUAUGCAAGAAGCAAUGAUGCCAUAAAAAUAGUUUUAAACAGAUGGAUUGACCUAUGAAGAAUUAUUAGAGUUAUAAAAUUAAAUAGGUCAUGUAUCACGUGGAUUAACUAAAGAAUAAAUAAAGAAAAUACCAAAAAGAACAGUAUAUCUCAAAUAAAAGGAUGCGUAUUAAAUUAAAUUAAUAUAUUUAGAUGUUCAAUAUGUUAUAAUGAAAUAUAAAAAUUAGAAAAAAUUAGAGAACUUAAAUGUAAACAUUAUUAUCAUUCAAAAUGUAUUAAGAAAUGGUUAUUGAAUGAAAAGAAAUGUCCAAUUUGUUAAACUGAAGUAUGA